CAUUCUGGCAAAGAAAUGGCGAGAAGUAAACGAUAUCAGAGCCAGCACCUUAUGACUCAGCUCUUCAGGCGGUGGGUAUAUAUAACUUCAAGAGAGGUAAACAUUAGAUAUACACUCACAACUUUCCUGGAGAUUGUGCUGAACACAAUGUUUUCAAACAUGAACCAAUUGGGAGACAUGCAAUAUAAAGAGGAUCUGAUCAAGAAACUACAGCCUGUAGAGAGAUCCUCAUCUCUUCGCAUUGAAAGGCCAACUUCACUUGCUAUUCGACAACACAGAAGAAAUAGCCUGCCUAGUCCUUCUGUUAUCAAGGCAAUCGUCCAUACACCGGACUUGGAAAGAGUCCGGUCUUUUAGUCUUACUCGAGACGGACUCAAAAACUGCGGGGACAAAAUCAGGCGACGCAGUACAUAUAGUAUUGCAACAAGUGAGGGGCCUGAUUCACUUUCCACCGGAGCAACGUCUUCUUUGGAAAGCAUCUGUCAGAGGCAACAAUUUAAGGUUGCUAUCAUAGGAUCUGCAGGAGUUGGAAAAAAAUCGUUGAAAAAUCAAUUUGCAACUUCAGAAGAACUUUACAUUAACAAUAAAAACGAUAGUAACAGAGACCAGGGAGAGAUCUGCGUCUUGAUGGACGACGAAGAGUCGUGUGUGAUAUUUGUUGACGAAACAGAAUUAGCGAAUCAAGCAGAAAAUGAGUUGGUGGAUUCCAUAGUGGUAGUAUUUUCAGUUGUGGACAACAAAUCGUUCAAAAAUGGAGUCAGAAAAAUUGAAAUGAUUCGGCAAGAAUUUGAGUUCGAGAGACCACUGUUUCUUGUCGCUAAUAAAGUAGAUCAGGCAAGGCAGAGAGUCGUCACUGAAAAAGAUGCCAAAAAAGUAGCAACUAGAUAUAACUGCAAGUACAUAGAGACAUCUGUGGCGCUAAACCACAACGUAGACCAACUUUUGGCGGGAAUUAUUCGCCAGAUCCGAAGCAGAAGGCAGAGCAGCACAUACAACCCUGAUUGUGAAAUGACCAAAGACUCCAAGACAGCAUCCAUGUUCACCAAAAUACUUCUCCAGAAACUGAUGAAAAUCGGACAUCCUGAUUUUUCGUGCACAAGGUUAUUUGACGUGUGAAGAAGGGGAAUUCCAUGAUGAAUCCGCAAGGGAUGAUGAUACGAUUUACAUAUCAUUGGUUUCUGUGACUAAGGCUUGACUGUAUGCAUAGAAUGUAUUGGAAUAACAGAGAUAUCAGUGCAAACUGACAUGUUGGGGUUAAGGGACAUGAACUGAGUCACAAAAAAAAUGUUUGGUUGAUGAAAAUCGGAUGAGAUUAGCCGGAGAAAGAUUUCAUCGUCUCUACACUCUAGAUCAGAUUGAUAGUUCCGUUUUGUAUUUUUUUUUCUACUUAUUGUAUAUACAUGUACAUAUUCUUGUUAUAUUUUUUACUUCAUUUUGUACCUUUAUAAUAAAAUAUAUAUUAAUUGAACAAA